GUCGCCGUCGAGAGAAUCGCCAACAGAUACAGAGAAUCGCGUGAGUCGUGUGGAAGUAAUUGCGGAAAAAUUGAAACGAAAAUCUCACUUUUUGUUAUUAUUAUAUCAUCAUUGCAAAUCAAACAGCGUAAUAAGGUAGAAAACAUAUUGUACAAAGCACAAGUGGUUUGAUUAGGACUCGGUUCAGGUUGUGCACAGAUGUGGUUCCGCAAGAGCAAGGUGAAACAGUCACAGGAAUGACGGCACGAGUCCGCAGCAAUGGCGAACUUUAGCGAGAGUAAUGACGCGAUAAAUAGAUGUAAUCAGACAUGAAAAUAUUGUAUGUACAUACACGAGAGAUAAUCUACAGUGUUCCACACGGAGAAUUGGCAGCAGAAGCUGCAGAAAAAAAGUCGACUAAAAUGGCCGUCGAGCCGCGUUCGGCGUGAGUAGGAAGAAUUUGAACGGAAGAAGUCGGUGUUAGCGGUAGCAGUAGAAGCGUGAAGAAGCAGUUCCGAAGCACCGAGUUCGUUUCUCCGGGACAAACUACAACAUCCUGAUGGUGCAUAAAUAGUCACCAGAGGCGAAAUUUUCGUUGAUGCGUAGAUUGCGGACGCACGCAGACAUACACGCGCGUGCAUAAAAACAACAAACAUCCAAAACGGGACGAAACAGUCAAGUAAUCGAUAAUCAAUAAGCGGAGACCCUGCAGCCGGAAAAUAGGUACAAACUAGCUGGAGCACCAAAUACGCAUUAGGAAUAAACUCACGGCCCUGCGGUUCGGAGGUUCCGCGUCAAUCCGAUGGGGCGGUUGUCGAAAUCUACGUUGUUGUUGUCGUUACCGAAUAUAAUAUAUACAAACAUACAUACAGUCGUCUUAAUCCGUUGUGUCUAAAAGUAAAACCGUCGAACCGUCAAUACUACCUAAGAGUGUAAAAAAUCAGAACGUCCGGAAAAGUUAAUCAUCUACGUGUAAUUACAUAUGGUGGUGAUUACGUCGUCACACUAAUCCUUAUCAGUACGUUUCGUCUAUGGGAGCGAUGUAAACGAUGUGUCUGCUCGGUCAUAUCCUUGGUAUCGGUUCGACACGCAGUGAAAGUAACGGCAACUAGCGGAGAGACAAUAAAAUCUUUACCGAAAUAGCUGUACAAAACAACGCCUCCUGACCGUGCAGUCUGUUAUCUCGAAGUUUCGUGGCCAACAUCACGCUGAUAUUGUCUUUCUAUCGGCGAGAAACGGUUACAAUCUAUUACAUACGAGGCAAAGAGUGUACUGGUAUUGAUUGUUUUGCCCUGUAGCAGGGCAACAAUUUAUUCGAUUAAAAGAUAAGCUAAAAAAAAUAAAAGCUAGAGCUGCGGUAGCGCCAGUGUCGAAGCCGAGCUGGAAAUACGGUCCAACUAGCAAGCGACAGAGAAAAAGUGUGUUAAUAACUGUGAUAUUACGUAAAGCUACCGAAAAAAAGAACCCGUGUGUAAGAAGCAGGAAAAUAUUUCGGUGUAACCUCGCGCGUCUACUAUUCACACCCGGCGGGUCGGUGAGAAGUAGUGACAGAUGGGCGAAAGCAGCACGCGGGCGGCUAUCUGAAGGCAAAAAGGAACUCGUCCUCGUUAGCGCACGCAACGUGCUCGCGUACUUAUUUGUUGCCCAGGCCGUUGAACCUACCAACAAGCCACUGGGUGGUGGCCGCGGGAGAAGGCGGUCGGUGUAAGUCACAGAAGAGAACCGAAGGUUUUGCUUUCUCGUCGGUUUCAAACUGGCACGUAACUAGGACGAACGAACGGACGAAAAGAGGCGAAGAACCAACGACGAUGGACUUCACACCGCUGCCAACGGAACUGGAGGAGCUGAUCCAAUGCAGCUGCUGCCAUCUGCCGUUCAACGAUACCGACGCUAUACCGAAGCUGUUUUCCUGUAGGCACUACUUCUGUCUCAAGUGCGUCAGCCAGGUGCUGAUGAAGGGCAACGAGCUCUACUGUGUGCACUGUUGGAAACGAACCGAACUAAGCGGACCGGAUAUGAAGCCGGAAAAUUUGCCGACGCACAGUGCAAUACUGUACCUGUCGCAGAAUCUGAGCAUGAUCUCUAGUGGUAGUGGCAAUAGUGUGGGAGGCGGUGCAACCUGUUCCGGUGCGAGUGGCACUGGUGGAGGUGGUGGGGGGAACAAAAAGCCUCCCGACAAAAGUGGAACGAACGGAGCUGGUGGCAGUUCGCUGGUACCCGGUGCCACGGGUGCACUGGUGGGUGGAAGCGGAAGUGCAACUAGUAGUGGCAGUGGAUCGAACGGAAGUGCAAACGGUACAAAUGGUAGCCUCGGAAUAGGUAGUAAUAGUGCGAAUACGGGUGGCGCAAUCGGUUCCGGAAAGUAUAGAAAUAAGGGCGAAAACUGUAUGACACACGCGAUGCCGAAUGCGCUGUGGUGUCUCAAGUGCAACAUCAUUCUGUGCCGGGCCUGUGCCAGCACCGAGGAGCACAGGAAUCACACCGUCAAGACACAGGCAGAAGCACGUGAUCAGAUCCGAUCGGAUAUAGCGUCGGAUUUGCUGCUGAUGCAAAAGUCUCUCUCGGAGCUGCAACAUUUCGUAUUUAAGCAGCGAGAUUUUUUGCUCAAAAUCCUAGAAGCAUGCACAGCGCUGAAGACUCAGGUUGAAACGGAACUAAUUAAUCAUCUACCGACGUUCGAAGUGGCGGAGAUUCGAAGUAACCUAACGAAAGCGAAACUAUUUCUCAGCAUGCUCGAGCAGCAAUCCCCGGCCGAAGCUUACAAACUGUACGCCAACUUGAAUAUCGAAAAGCAACGCCUCCAAUCGAAGUAUCAAGAGAUGUACCUGCAAUGUAAGCUAGACGAUUUAAUACAACACUACGGAAUAUUGUUUGACUUCGAACUGAUCAAACAAGCUCUCUCGAAUCUAAACACGAUCGAUCCCAUUUCAUUCGGAAAUGGAGCUAUUGGUGGUCUCGGAGUGACUGCCGGAGGAACGACCAUCAACGGGCAUCACAACUCGAUACUGUUACUAGCCAACUAUUGCAUUUCGCAGCUAUACUCGCGUCACAUCCUAACCUCCAAGCAUCACCAGCAUCAGCAUCAACAGCAGCAACAGUCGCAGCAUAUCGACGCUAGUCUAAGCUAUGCGAUAUCAUCUCCCUCGCAGACCGGCAGUUCGGCGAUUCCCCAAUCUCCGAACCACAGCGGACUGCUGGGCGAACCGCCUGGUAUGAGUCAGCCAUCGCACAGCGGAAGUUACGCCAGUCAAUUGAACGAUAUGGCUAUUAUCAUUGCUCCACCCUUGCACCAGCAGGGAAGUCGAACCGAUGGCACCAGCUCGGCCCGGACAUCCGGUUCCGGAUCGGCGUAUUUGAGUGAAAUACUCAACGGAAGUGCGUUGCAGCACUUGCAUCAACAUUCCGGUUCUUCCCAGCAUCAGCCACUAACUCCGCCCGGGCAUCCGCUGUCGUCGUCCUCUUCCAGUGUGGUCUCACUAGUUCCUUCGUCCGCUCAGCAGCAGGUGCAGAAACAGGUACAAGCUGCAGCGGCUGCAGCUGCCGCCGUAGGAUCUUCUCUGCUCUGUAAUCCCUCCGUACACGUUUACCCAAUCUACUACUUCAACAUUGAAAUCAACGGUCAACCCUUCGGACGAAUUUUGAUCGAAGUUCGCAGCGACGUGGCACCGAAAAUGGCGAAAAAUUUCGGCGCUCUGUGCACCGGUGAGCUCGGGUUCGGUUACAAGGGAUGCAGCAUCUUCCAGUGCUGGGAGAACGAGAGCAUCAUAACGGGUGAUUUCGAGCUGAACAACGGACGCGGAGGUCGGUCCGUCUUCGAGGAGGGCUUCUUCAUGCCGGAUGAUACGAAGAUUCUGGCGAUCCGUGGCUCGGUUGGAAUGCGCCGCAGUCAGAAGCGGCACGAUAACAUGGGACUCGUUGGGUCGCAGUUUCGCAUCAUUCUGCGGGAGAUGCGUGGCUUUACCGGGAUCUUUGCGUUCGUCGUCGAGGGUUUGGAGUUGGUGGAGAAAAUUAGCCAGGCGGGCGACUCGGCCGGUAAGCCGCAGAGCAAUGUGCUCAUUGUGAAUUGCGGUAAGUGGCAGUAAGGUAGGGGAUAUGGCGGGGGUUAGGUUUUAUCUUUUUUUUUGUUGCAAUUUUCUUUUUUGUUAGAACCUAGGUGUUUUUUUGUUGUUAUUGGAGAGAUAAGUAGAUAGAUGCAGGCUGUUGUUAGUUUCCUAUUAACUUGUUUCGGUAUUAGAGUUUGAGUUGUUAGGGCGUUACAUUUUAGUACAAUAUAUAUAUUAGAUUAAUGGAAGAAAGGUAAGAUGCUCGCGGGUUUGACGCUAUUGUGUGAGAUGAGUUGCACCACUUUCUCGCCUCUAAUAAUUAGAAAUAUGGGUUCGCUAUAAAUUCGUUAUAAUACGGCCCGAGGUCGCAGUCGUGAUAGAAAUUAAUUUAGAAAGGUUCCAUUGAUAACACCAUAGCGCGCUGUUUUCGUAUCAUAAUUGUUAAUCCGGCAGAAAAAAAAAGGUUGUUCGAUAAAAGUGCUAGCAUUGUUCCGUGGAACAAAGGAAUUCAAUUAUAUGCAACAAACCCGCAAAUUUUACCUUUCAACUGAAAAUUCGCAUUUCUCGCAAAAAAAUAUUGUAGUCGUUGAAGUUUUAAAACCAACAUUUUGUAGUUUUUAUCCUAGAUCGAACGGGAUCGGAGUACCAAAAAAAUCAUAAAAUUUGAAAAAAAAUCAAUAAAAAACAAAACAGAUCCAUUCUGGCAACGCAGAACAAUGUUACUGAAACUCCCUCGGAAGCUUAACGAAACUUGAGCGUAAACGUAUUCAACCUUAUUUAAAACAAAGCAGUUUUUAACUUAUAUUUCCGGCUUUGCACCGGAGCUCUGUUCUGCUAUUGGUUAGCAUUGUUUCAAUGCGAACAAUGCGAACAUUCUGACCAAAAUUGCAUACAUAUUUAUGAAACGAAAAUAGAACACAUCUUAUAAGAUCGAAGCGAAAAAUACUACAGGGUGAUACUGUUUUUCAUUUUACCUAGUUACCAUUUGUAAGCAAAGCAAAACGAUUGAUCUUUUUAGAGGAAAAAGCUGGAGAUUAAGCCAGAUAACAAGCGUUUAUACUGAUCCAAAAUACCUAGAGAAUAUUAUACUGAUCGAUUCCACCGAAAGAAGGAAGAUUUCGCCGUUUUUUAUCACAAUCAAGACGCGACCUGUGCGAAGCGAGUGAAUGUAGAGCGAACGUAGUCAGAUGGAAGUUAGAGAGAAGAAUUACGAUAGCGACGCAAUAAGUUAGAUGGAAUUGAGUAAACCUAAACAUACUAUGAACACAUAAGAAAAAAUCCAGAAGGAAAAGAAAGUACAAUAAAUUGCGGGAAAAUCGUAAUUCAUGCGGAAUGAUAACAUGAAACGGAAUAAUGUUAAUGUGUAGUUUAAUCAUAUUUAACAGAAACUAAAUGUACGCAGACCUAUUUUAUUGGACAGUAGAAGCCAGAAAAGAGGAAAUAGUAAAUUUAACAAAAAAAGGACGAUGUGUAAGUGUUGCUACAACCUAUUUCUUCAAGAAUCGCUGUUAAAAUGCAUAAAGAAUGAACUGCACCGACGAUCCAUAAUUUAUACUUAAGAAAAACAUGUGUCACAUAAAAAAAAAUCAAUUACAACUCAAUGCUGAAAGUCGAACAGAACGAACUAAGCAGUUUUGUAAGCGAAAACAUACACAUACACACUCACAAAAGUACACACACACACACACAUUCACAAACACUCAAACAAACAAACAUACACACAAACACGCGCGCAGCCAUACAGAAACAUAGAAACUGAAGUAUAUCGCUAGGAAUAGUUCACGAAUGUGAAAGAAGAGACUGAAUGUUUUCGAAAACGAAAAAAAACGAAACUAUAAGAGUAACGUUGAUAACCAAUCCCGCAAAAUAACAAUAGAAAACUUUUAAAUGUAAUCAACAACAAUCGUGCACCGAAACUAGUUGGGUGUUGUUAUUUUGAAAACGCGAAUCUGCUGCACACGAAAUACCGAUACACGCGCGUACAACCAAAUCCAUUCGUUUUGAAAAACCCCUCUCGUUGUUGUUAUUGUGUGCGUACGAUGACGCAGCGCGCGGGAUAAAAAUAACGGUAACAAACACAAUCGAUACGUAAUACCGACAGCUCGAAACAAUUAAUUGGGUUCUUGUUUGCGAAAUCACUACCGACAGUCGCCGUCUCACGUGGUGCACGUUCUCCAACUUUCCUUAAACGACUAACCCAAGCGAGGAACAACCACACUGGAAGAAGGAUUUGAGGUGACCAUUAGGCCGGAACACAAGUGCUCGAUUAGCGACUAGCGCAGCUGGAAAGUUUUCGGUUUUUUUGUUUCCUUCCGUUCCAACACGUCACUAAAAAGUUUUCAUUUUGGCAACACUGGUUACGAAGUCUCAGAUUCUCGUACUGACGCCGUGAUGGGAACGAAACGCAAGGCCUUCCAAAAAAUGGUACAAGAUUGAGUGAUCAAGCGAAAUGAUUUCGAAAGUGUAACUAACCUUCAAUAUUAUAAAACAUAUAAAUCGAUAUAAUCGUUCAAUGAAGUAUAAAAUAAAUCUCAAUUAAACAAAGAAAACCAACAAUGUCGUUAGAAUGAUUGUCGUCAAAAUAUGUUAUGGAAACAAUAGGAAAAAAACACGUAUAUUCAUAUAUGAGGUUCGAUUGCGAAACAAAAAAGUAUCUAUUAUAAAGGAUAAUCCAAAAUAGAGCCAGCGUAUAAUAUCUAAACAUGCUUAACCUUGAUGUUGUAUUAUUGUAACUUGCGAACAUACAUAAAUAAGGAUAGAGCUCUCGGCAAACCGAACUAAUAGUAGAAAUUGCAAACAAAUAUAACAAAACUAAUUACCGAUCAGCAGAAUAACCAAACAUCAACUAAUCACGUAACGUCACGUUAUAGUUUUAAUAUCUUACGCAAGAAAAAAUGCAAUCUUCACCAAACUACACAAAACUAUACACAAAUACACGCAGAAAACAAAGAGGAAAAAGAAGAGGAAAGUAACCUGUACCUGGUGUUAGAGAAAGCAAAACAGUAAACAUGUACCGAAAAAUAAAAAAACAAAUAGAGUUCACAGUUACGACUGUGCGAAAACAGAGAUAAAUCGAAAGAAAAUAAAAAUAUAUUUUUGUCGCCAUCUUCGAAAACGUAGUUAAAUAGAGCAGAAACAGAUGCAAAUCAACACUGAAUGCAAAAACCGGAGAAGAACAAAGCCAGAAACCGAAACUAUAUCUUUCAUGAAAACUAGCAGCAACCUCCAAAUAGUAACCAAAAGUUAAUUAAACCAAUUGCGAACGGGCAGUUUUAAUCUGACAAGGGAUAGAUCAACAAUAUUUCAUAACGAAACAAAGAAUAGCAGGAUGCGCCAAUUCACUCUCACUCUACCGUAAAGCGGGAAAACAGAAAAAAAACUACCGAAAAACUGUAAGCGAACUUCAAUUUCAUCCCACAUAAAAAAGAUAACCAACCAUAUUAAUGCGGAACUCGAAGAAAAAAAAACUGCGUGGAAAUGAAAAAAAAAAUCGUUAGAAAAAAAACUUAAGUAGUCUAUAAAUAAAAAAAAAGAAAAAACAAACAAACAUAUUACUACUACCACGGAAAGUGUCACAGAGGUUUGUUCCACGGAAUGGAAGCAGAUCGUGUAGCGGAAAUUGUAAAGUUUCACGAUAAAAUAAAAUGAUGCAAUAAAAAGCCGAAAAAGGACCAGG